CCUCCUCCCCUCCCUUCCCGCCCCCCUCACACCCGGCCCUAGCGGAGCCCCCGCUGCAGCCCGCCAGCCCCGCGCCCUGCGCCCUGCGCCCCGCGCCCCCGCGAUGGACAGGAACUACGCGACCUCCGACUUCGCAGACCCGCCGCCCGCGCCCCCCGCCGCAGCCUCCAGCUCCGCCGUGCAGUCCCCGGCCCCCGCCUGGGCCUACGAAGCCCGAGCCCCGGCCGCCGCCUCCAGCCCCCGCUGCAGCAGCCCCAGUCUUAAGGCCAGGACUGCAAUUGAACUGAGUUUAAGCUAUGAAGAAGGACAUCCCUCCCAAUCUGAACCAGAUCUCCAGAGACAGACGUUUGCAGCCUCUCAUCAGCUUCCUGCAUAUGCUGCCACACCUCAGCCAGCUGGGCUUUCAGGAUUAUUUGAGACAAGUGUGAACAGUGCCAGCACUAACAGUAAAGAAUCUUCCGUGAUGAGUUUUCUCUCCACUAUUGAGUCCCGAACUGCUCAGGCUGCUUCUUCAGGAACUACUCUUCUACCACAAUUCAGGGCUCCAUCCUGGCAGACAGGCAUGCAUUCCUCAGCAGCUACUGAGUUUGUUACUGGACCUUUGCCAACCACUGGAACUCUUCCACCAUCUGCCCUCUCUGCUUAUCAGCAUCCUACCACCUUUAGCAAUAGAAACUUUGUUACAACCUCACCUUUGGUGCUUCAAGACUCAACUUUUAACACUACAUCAAGUGGAAUUUUAAAUCCUCAUGAUCCUUUGCUACAAAUUAAGACUUCCCAGGGAACUAUUCCAACUGCUUUGGCAUUUGAACGCCUGGGCAGUUCUGCGUUAAGUAACAGUGUACCACCUCAGUCUUCAACAUAUCGCUCAGCUCAAGAGUCAGCGCCCCAUCUUUUACAACCUCAAUUUAGUUUGUUGCCUUCAGCACUGGGGGGAGUCCAGCAACCUCCUCAAGCCUACAGUUCAACUCUCUUCUCUAGUUCUACUGCUUCCAUUGAAAGAGCUCUUCUUCGAGAAUGUAGUGUUAUUAAACACCAUCAGCGGCCUUCAGGUACUCAGUCUAUUCAGGCACAACUGACUGGUUCACAACAUUCCCUACAUAGUUAUCUAGCAAAUACAAGUGUGGUUAAUUUUCAGGAAACAACCAGGCAGUCAUCUUUACCAUGUAGCCCAGUUGGAGAUUCUACUCAGGUGAACAAUGGAGGUUUGCAGCAGAAGACUCCGCAGGUCUCAGUAGAACUUGCUCAGUCUUACGCAUCUGCAAUUCCAUCAUCAGGGUAUCCUCCUACUACAAAAAUAAAUAGUUGUUCUACAAAACAAGCACUAACAUCAACUAAGACCCAAAAACCUCAAAAUACAAUCCCUCCUGUGCAAACACUAAGCUAUUGCAAACCUUUACAUAAUCAGAGUUCUGUAAUAUCGGGUCAAGCACAAAUCUAUUCUACAGCACAGCUACCAAGCCUUUUAUCAGUUAGUCAGUCCCAAAAUUAUGGUUUAGUGCAGCCACAUAAUGUGCCAUCUAUUGUUCAUUCACAAGUUUACAGGCCCAGCAAGGUUGAGAAAUUGCCAUCCUUGUAUAAAACAUUAACCUUUUCUGGGUCAUCUCAGCCUAUAACUUCUGAAAAUCAGACAGUUAGUUAUUCAUCCAAUCAACAAGAAGUGUUAUCUUCAGUUACAAAUGAGAAUUACCCUGCUCAAACAAGAGAUCUUUCUUCAGUCAGUGAGUCUCAAAGUUAUUCAUCUGGUCAUUCUCAGGGUUUAUCACCAGCUAGCCAGACACAGGUUAGUUUUUCAUCUCAAUCACAGGUUUUGUCAGUUGUUAGUCCUUCAGAAAGCUAUGCCUCAGGGCAGUCCCUGACAUUAACAGCCCCUUCUCUAUCUUACUCUUCUGCCUCUCAGCCCCAAAAUUUGUCAGAUUCUAGCCCAACCCAAAAUUACAUUCCUAUGCAUUCUUCCCAAAAUACCCAGACUCAGGGGUCAUCAUCUCCCCAGCCCCAGAAGUUUUUGCCUGCUGUCCAGUCAUCUUUUGCAUCCUCUACACAUUGUCAUGCAUUACAGAAUAACGUACCUUCCCCUGAUUCAAAGUCUUAUGCUGAAGGAAAACUUGGCUCAAAUGUGUACACAUCUUCUAAGCAAGAAGGUGACUUUCCAAUGCAAGAGUUACAGGCACUGCAGUCACAAGCAUCUCUUGAGCCUUCAACUCAGAGGCUAUCAGAUGGGGAAAUUAAUGCUCCAGAAUCAACUUACAAGGUGUCAAAAGCAGAUGACAGAUAUUCCCAGGGUGUAAUUAAAAGCAAUUCUCAUCUUGAAGAUCAAGUUGUUGGUAUUCCUCUGGAAGGGCCAAAGAAAGAAGAAAACAUGGUUGGUUCAGUGACACAGCUUAGCCAGCAAAUUGGUCCGGCUAAUAAUGGAGCAACUCUUGAUCUUAAGAAGGCUGCUAAUUUAAUGCAAACUCCACAAGUAAGUUUGAGUACUAAAGACUUAAACCAGCAGCAUCCUCUUAUACAUAAGGUACAUGAAACCAAGGUCCAGGAACAGCAUGAUCAAGUAAUUAAUGCUUCGCCUCAGAUUCAGAUUCCAAAUCAUGCAUUAGGACAUGGACAUCAGGCAUCUCUUACUAAUACACAGGUCCUUUUAGAUUCCACCUGUGAUUUACAGAUUCUUCAGCAAUCAAUACUGCAGGCAAAUUUAGGACAAGUAAAGGCAUCUUUACAAGUACAGCGUGUCCAGAGUCCUCAACAAAUAGUACACCCUUUCCUGCAGAUGGACGGUCAUAUUAUUCAGAGUAAUGAUGAUCAUCCUCAGCAGCAACUCCAUCCUCAGAAUUCUGAAAUUAUGAAACUAGACCUUGCCGAAUCUUCAAAACCAUUACAACAUUUGACAACAAAGGGCAAUUUCAGUGAAACAAAUCAACAAGAUUCAAAGGCUCAGUUUGUUUCUCUUGGAUCAAUAUGUUUCCCAGAGGCAAUGCUUCUGAGUGAUGAAAGAAAUAUUUUAUCAAAUGUAGAUGACAUCUUAGCUGCUACAGCAGCAGCUUGUGGAGUUACACCUUCUGAUUUUUCCAAGUCAACUCCAAAUGAAACCAUGCAGACUGUUGAAGGUGGUGAUUCUAAGUCUCAUUUUCCACAGCCAUUAAAUGUCAGCCAUGUGACAUCAGAUUUUAACUCCAUAACAGCUACAGUAGGAAAGCCACAGAAUCUAAAUGAUAGUUCCCUAAAUGGAAAUCAGGUGACUGUGAACAUUUCGCCAGUACCAACCCUUCAGUCAAAAAUGACCCUGGAUCAACAACACAUUGAUACAUCUGCUCAAAGUAUACCAACUAAAGUAAUGUCAGCAGGUGUUGGAGCAAGCCAUGAAGUCCAGGAGCAAGGUUGUGGCCCAUUCAAGAAACAGUCUGCUGCCAAUCAUGAGCCUGAGGAAGACAGUGAAGUUCCUGUUGAUAACACAUUAAAUAAUAACAGAAACCAAGAGUUUGUUUCCAGUAGUAGGAGUAUAAGUGGAGAGAGUGCUACGUCAGAAAGUGAAUUUACUUUAGGGGGUGAUGACAGCAGUGUAGCAAUGGACGCUACUAGAAAUGCACUUGCACUGUUGGCUGUGGCCCAACCUGGGGAUGCAAUCAGUGUCAAGCUUGAAGAGGAAAACCAAGAUUUAAUACAUCUUAACCUUCUGAAGAAAAAGGUUAAAGGGAAAGGGCAAAUUAAAGAGGAAGACAUCAGUAAUCAGAAACAGCCGAAAAGACCUGCCCCAGGCAAACGGCAAAAUGCCAGGGGAACAGAUACGUAUCUACCAUAUACUCCUCCUUCCUCUGAGAGCUGCCAUGAUGAUGAUCAGCAUCAAGAAAAAAUGAGACAGAAGAUCAAAGAAGUAGAAGAAAAACAGCCAGAAGUCAAAACAGGAUUUAUUGCUUCUUUCUUAGAUUUUCUGAAAUCUGGCCCCAAGCAGCAGUUUUCCACUCUUGCAGUCCGAAUGCCUAACAAGACCAGAAGACCAGGGACCCAGAUUGCCCGUACACUUUGCCCCCCACAGUUUCCAAAGAUUUCAACCACAACACUCACGCCUUUAGUGACAGAAAUGGGGAGUAACAGUCCAUCAGAAAAAGUCGAUAACAAACUUAAAAAUUUGGAACAUUUAUCUUCCUUUUCUUCCGAUGAAGAUGAUUCUGGAGUGUGCAGUCAGGAUAUUUAUAAAACCAUCUCUGCUUCCUUUGUGUUGGAUGCUACUUCUAAUAAAAAGAAGAAAACAGUUUCAGAAGCCCUACAGGUGUCAACUCCUAGCCAAUCUGCCAAUACCACUAGUCCUGCUACGACUUCUUCCACCACAAUGUGUGCAGCUAAGCAAGAACCUCACCACUCUACUUCUGCAGUAAACAGCCUGGAAAAUAUAAAUGCUACAGAACCCCCAAAAUCCAUCAAGCUUGGUAGUCUUCCUUCAGACCAAUUGGCAAAAGGACAGGACACUGUUGCCAUAGAAGGUUUUACAGAUGAGGAAAACACAGAAAGUGGAGGAGAAGGCCAAUACAGAGAACGUGACGAAUUUGUGAUAAAGAUAGAAGACAUAGAGACUUUUAAGGAGGCUUUAAAAACAGGAUUAGAACCCCCAGCUAUUUGGAAAGUACAGAAAGCUUUGUUACAGAAAUUUGUUCCUGAAAUUCGAGAUGGGCAAAGAGAAUUUGCAGCUACGAAUAGUUACCUAGGAUAUUUUGGAGAUGCCAAGAACAAAUACAAAAGGAUAUAUGCAAAGUUCAUUGAAAAUGCAAACAAAAAGGAGUAUGUCAGAGUUUGUUCCAAAAAGCCAAGAAAUAAACCUUCACAAACUAUCAGAACUGUUCAGCCCAAGCCAAGUACUAGCAGUAAAACUUCAGAUCCUCCAACAUCAAAAACUACAACUACAAAAGCCCCUUCCAUGAAACCCAAAGUUAAACAGCUAAAAAUAAAAGCUGAGCCACCACCAAAGAAACGGAAGAAAUGGAAAGAAGAAUUUUCAUCAUCCCAGUCUGACUCAUCUCCUGAGAUUCAUUCUAGUAGUACUGAAGAUGAGGAAUUUGAGCCGCCAGCUCCUUUUGUCACUCGCUUUUUGAACACAAGAGCAAUGAAGGAAACCUUUAAGAGUUACAUGGAACUGCUUGUUAGCAUUGCCCUGGACCCUGACACAAUGCAAGCCCUAGAGAAGAGCAAUGAUGAACUACUUCUACCUCAUAUGAAAAAAAUAGAUAGCAUGCUUAAUGAUAAUCGAAAAAGACUUCUUUUGAAUCUUCAUUUGGAUCAGCCAUUCAAGAAUGCUUUGGAAAGUUUUCCUGAAUUAACGGUAAUUACUCGAGAGUCUAAAGCAAAAAGUGGAGGAUCUGCUAUUUCUAAAAUCAAAAUGAAUGGCAAAGCUUAUAAUAAGAAAACUCUGAGGACUUCUAAAACAACCACUAAGUCUGCACAGGAGUUUGCUGUUGAUCCAGAGAAAAUACAACUGUAUUCUUUGUACCAUUCACUCCAUCAUUAUAAAUAUCAUGUUUACCUGAUAUGUAAAGAUGAGAUUUCUUCUGUGCAGAAAAAAAAUGAAGACUUAGGACAAGAGGAAAUUGUUCAACUUUGUAUGAAAAAUGUAAAAUGGGUGGAGGACCUAUUUGAAAAAUUUGGAGAACUUUUAAAUCAUGUACAGCAGAAAUGUUCCUAACAUUUCCACACAAAUUGCAUCUUUUCUAUAGCACUAAUGAGAUUGCAGAAGGGGUGGUCACAGAUAAUCAGUUGUCACAUAGGUCUCCUGCAAAUGUGUUCUUCCAUUGUGGAACUUUUACCAGGACUUUUUUUUUUUUUUUUUUUUUUUUUUUUGAGACAGGGUCUUGCUAUGCAGUUCAGGCUGGACUUGUAGCCCAAGCCGGUCUUGAAUUUGCAAAGAUCCUCCUGGCUCAGCCUCCCAAGUGCUGGAAUUGUAGGAAUGCGCCACCAUACCCGGCUCUUACCAGGACCUUUGCUAAAGGGCAGAGAUGCUGCCAAGGAAGUCAGUGCUCAGAAACAGACCUUCAUCCCAUGACAUUUUUAUCCUGAGGAUAAAAAUGAAUUUUUAUCCUGAGGAAUGAUCUUUCUACUUUGUAAACUAUUGGGUAACUGAAUUUUAUUUUCAGAAAUUUUUUUUUGGCAAAGGAUGAAGCAUGCACUAAAUAUAAUUUUCCUUUAUGACUAGAGAAAUAACACCUAAAUAACUUGAUCAUCAGACUCUGACUAAAUACCAGAGUGAACUAGAAGUGGCGGAAAGCAUAUGUUUGUAUUCCAGUGUAGCCACAAAAUAGAAAACAUUGUAUAUUGUGUAAACAGAUCUGGUGUGCUGUGACAUCUUGUAUGAGAAUAUCAUCAACUUUAAAUAUAAAAUUCAGAAACUACAUUCUGCUUAAUGGACUCCUUUUGACAUGUUCAGGAAACUGGAUGUGGAAUUGGUGCAAUUCUGUGCUUUUUCUGUCAGAUUAUAUUGUGAUAAACAGUAAUGUACUAUUUUCCCUAUCUCAAAGAAAAGUAUUUUCAUUUAUCCUGUGUUUUACCUUUGGAAAUUUUUCAAUUGUACGUUUUAUUUUACUAAUAGUUGUAUUUUUCACAAGGAAAAUACUGUGGUGUUACAAUUAUGUUCUGUAUCUGUACUACACUUCAUUGUUUCAGUAAAUCUAUUUAGUUUUAUGACAUAUUUCUAUUGUGAAUUCUAUCUUGAGGAAACCAUUAGCUUUGUUCAUUCAAAUUUGCUCCAGUGUUAUCCAGAAUGUACAUUUAGUGCUAGAAUUAGUUUAGCUUUAUAAAUGGGGCUGUGUUAGACACUGCAGCAAUUUCCUAAUUCAUAGAUUUUUUUUACCAAACUAUCAUUUGAUUAAUUCAUUGAAGCAAAAAUGUAAGUACAUGAUGCAUUUGUGAAGAAUGAAGUUAACAAUUGGGUGAUACGCAGUGUUACACACAACUUCCCUAACUCCUAGAACUGGAAGUGGUAGAGUUCUCCUUUUGGUGCCUUUUCAACCUUUAUACAUACUAUUGUAGCUUUCUUGAGUUUGGUAGGUAGUGCGGUUCCAGUAGUUUAGCAGAGACAGUGAAUGUAUUAGGUUCAACAUGACCUUGUAUUUUAUUUGUGUUUGCCAACAGGAUGCCUUAUUUGUUUGUGAAAAAAGAUUCACUAGUUCACUCUAAUAUGUUCCCCUUUUUAGAUUCUAAAAAAGUUAAUCAUCAUACUUUCGUUUAUUUUACCACCAUUUAGUGCCUUAAGUCCUAUCAAGAAAGCAGUGUUACUGCUCAGUGCCCAAAUAAGAUACACUCACCUGGAUAUUUCUGUUGCCUUGGUUUUGAGUUAACAGACCAAAUUCUUAAAACUUCAGUGAACUGACAAAGAAUUGAAGGUAACAUAUUACUUGAUUUGAGAAUAAAAUAUUGUAGCAUUGGGUAAAACAGGAUUUGAGUUGAGCUCACGUAUUUAUUUCUAACAGUCAUCUUAUUAAAAGCAAUAAUGCUUAAUAUUUGUACUUGUCAUUAGACAAGGUACUCAGUAAUGGAAGUUUUUCUAAAGGAUUAAAUGUUCCAUUUUUGAAAGUUUUUAGAAAAUUUUAUUUUGAAAACAAAAGUAACCUAUUAGAUUGAUUUUUUGCCUAACUCACAUGAGAGAUGCGGAGAAUAUAGCAGUAGGGGAAUUAUAUCUCGAGAGGGGAGAGGAGGAGGAGGAAGCAGCCAUAUUUUUCUGAUAGUAUUGACUCUGGACAGAACUGGUUUCUUUCAUUUCCAAAAUACAGAGUGGGGAACUGUAUCUCCUAUGUUGCAGUGUUUCAAGUAUACAUUUUUAUAUUAUCCCCCCAGCUUACUUUACUGAAUCACUGAUGGUUUAAAAUAGUUUUGAAAGCCACCUUCCAUUUAGGUAACAUCUUGAAGUAGAUGCAUGAAAUCAGUCACAUUUUCUUCAAGAGUAAGCCCAAUGGAAGACAAAGAUGUGUCUUUUCAAUCUCGUUUCCUAUAGGAAAUAAUCCAUUUGCUUCUGACUGACAGUUGUUCUCAGACUGUAUACAGUUGUAUCCAUGUUAGUAACACAAGUGUUUCUGUAAUAUGGGAGGCCAAGUCCUAUGAUCACCUGCAAGAUACCCUGCUGUUAGGGUUGUCACCAUCUCUCAUAUGUUCUGUAUAGCACAGGAAGAUCAGCAACCUUGGGCCUUCAAGCAAAGUGGGACUAUAUUAUGACAACCAUACGUAUGUCUUCUCUUUGUAUGAAGUUAAAUAAAUAGCUAGCUGGUUAGCAUUUCCAUUCCUUGCCAGGGCGGUUGAAAUGUAUAAUAUAGAAGUGACUUUAGGUUGUAGAUAGAAUUAAAAGAGGUAAAGCGUAUGUUGCUACAGCACAGGAAAAUAUUUUAAAGAUUGGGUUUUUUUACCGUAGAGAAAUCUGGAAAUAAUUUAAUGUAAAAAGUAAUUUUAUGUUGGUGCUUAUUAGUUCAGAUGAGGGUUGGAGAAUAGGUCCUGUAUCAUUUUCUUGAUAACCCAGUUUCCACUUAAUUGAUCCUUUAAUGAAAUCAUAAGUGCAUAAUGAUUUAUGAAUUAUCACAAUAAGUUGAACUAGAAAUUCCCCAUUUUCUGUUGUAUUAUCAAAUAGGAAACAUUGGUAACAUGGAAAAAAAUCAUUUUAAAAUUAUUUAUAAAAUUUUAGAUUACCUUUAAUGUUCUAAAUUUAAAUUUCUAAAACAAAAACAUAUAGGUAAACUCAUGCAUUAGUACUAUUUUUCAAAGCUUCACAUUUUUAAACUAAUUUCCCUCUAAAUACACAUACUAUAUUUAUUUUCUUUAAAGCAGCUGUAUUGCAGCCUAUGUCUCUGAAGACAUACCCAUAAAACCAAUACAGCAGCACGGUUAUUGAAGCAACUUCCCCAAAAGUUGCUUCAAAUGUGUAAGUUGCUAUUUUAUUGUAUCUGUAGAAUGCAACUUUUGUUUUAAACUGUGUUUCCAUGUGUUUCACAAAAGCCCUUCUCAGAGUGAAAUAUCCCAGAAAAUCUGUGUCUGUGUCGGUUACACUUGACACACAACUACACAAAUAAACUGUACACUAUUGGUUGUACAUUAACUUGCACACACAAGUUUUGGCAUCUGUGUUCACAAAUGCAUGUCUUUGCAAAUCACCUUUAUUUAUAAGUGACAAUAAUUGAAAUUAUGGAUACAGAGAAACCAUUUGUAGUCCAGAGUUUUCAAUCGGUCCAUAAUACAAUGUAUGGAAAUGUGAAAGACAAUUUUGUAUAUUUGUUUGUUACUAACUCAGAUCAUUAAAAUGAAAACAAUUUUUUAAACAAGAAAA